GAAGUCGCAUUGUGUGUUACGUUUCUCGUUCAACCUACUGGUUGCACUAGAGAACGUUAUUGUUAUAGUAGUGAUAUGGAUUUGACUCGCGAGAAUAUUCGUAUCUAGUCAGAACGUGUUUUAUUAUCAGUGAGAAAAUAGGAAGAACAUAUCUUGGAAUCAAAACUGCAUCAGUCUAAAUCUAAUUUCGGUCUCAUGUGGUACCACUUUUGUUCGGGAGCGAUCGGUGCACAUAUCCGCCGGAAGUGGAGGAAGAAGGGAGAGUGACCUACGGAGGACGUCCUACGAGUUGCGCGCGCAUCCCUUAGCAAUAUUGUCACACAGCAUACGCGCGAUGCAGACUGACGAAGAGAUUCAGUAUGCGCCGAGGAGUCGGCCGGUGAGCUUUUAUGAUAAUUACAAGGACGUGCCGAUGAUGCCGCCUUGUGUCACUUCCACGAUGAGUGUGGGUAAUUUGAAUCAAGUUCAUGAUGAUACGUCUGCCGUAUCUCAAAGCAACAAUAAUAACAGUAUUAAUGGCAGCAAUAAUAAUAACAACAACAGGGUCAAUAGCGCCGUCAGCGCAGGCAACGUAUCGAAGAUUCACAUUGCCAAAGUCACGGGUGCAGUUUCAACUGGGAAUAUCGGGCGCAUUUGCCGCGGAGACAAAGAGAAAGAACUUGGUCGGGCACCAUCGAUGGCUAACUGUUUAUCAACCACAGUUCCUGUCAAUCUGGCAGCUUCUCAAAUAGCCGGUCGACACACGCCCACGAGAAAUUCUUUGAGGCACAGCAGAAUGAUCGUAAUGCAUCGGACCGGUCAUCGCCCAGAGAAGUUUUUACCUCCUUUGAUCUACCAUCGACGAUUAGCUCGAUGUCUGGCGGCAUUGCAGACUAUUCUCGGCGUCGCAGUGAUUUCUUUGUCAUUAUGGUUGUUGCUUUGGGCACCGCACCUGCCUGUUAUGGACAAUCCGUAUUGGAGUGGCAUGCCCCUCUUGAUGUCCGGGAGUUUUGGAAUUUGCUUGUUGUGCUGUUUUAAAAAGGAAUAUCCGACUUUGACUUCUGGAUUUUGUCUUUCUGCUACGAAGGUAGUUAGCGUAUUUUUGGCGGUUCUGGCAACUGUUGCAUGUGUGAGCGCGUGCAUAUUCUCUGCAAUACACUUGUCACGUCUUAUGGGACUGGAAUGCACUCCGGCACGAGUAUUAAAUGCUACGUGCGUAUGCAGACCACGUGGCGAAUCGCUUGAUUCACUCGAAGGUAUAAUCAGAUACAUCGACCUUAAUUGUCCCGAAGUAGAAAGUAUUCUGACAAUCCUCCUCAUCUUCUCAUGUACUUGUAACGGAUUAGGCGUCUUGGUGGCGGGAUGGUAUAGCUAUCUUCACUGGAGCACACGAUAUAAAAGGCCAAAGUACACGCAAGUCAGGACCAAUACCGUUUCUAUGAACAAUAAAUUCAACAGUAGACCGAUCUACAAAUCGAACCUGGAGGAACGAUGACGUUUGUAAAUAUAAUGAUCAAAAUGCUUCCAUUUUCAUUGUGAUCCAUUGACAUCUUCCGUAUGAUCACUAUUGUGAUCAGCUAUACAAAUGUACAAAAAAAAUGUGAACUAUUACAUAUUAAUAAAUUUUA